AGUUGGUGUACGGCAGUGAGGCUCUGUGCCUUGCCCUUGGACGCUGGGUCAGCCAUGGCCUCGCACGGGGUUGGCGGUGGUGGGCAGCGAGCGGCCGGGAAGGCCCUGGAGCUGCUGCGGACGCUGCCCCGCGUCUCACUGGUGAACCUGAAGCCCAACCCCGGGGCCAAGCAAGUGGAAAGAAGGCGUGGCCGAGGCAUUCAUGGAGGGCGAAAAAGUGGCCGAGGUCACAAAGGUGAGACGCAGCGAGGAAACCAACCGCGAUUGGGGUUUGAAGGUGGACAGACUCCGUUUUAUUUAGUUAUACCAAAAUAUGGGUAUAACGACGGACACAGUUUUAGACGUCAGUACAAACCGCUAAGCUUGAAUAGAUUGCAGUACUUGAUAGAUCUGGGCAGAGUGGAUCCCAGUCAACCUAUUGACCUUACUCAAUUGGUGAAUGCCAGAGGAGUCACAAUUCAGCCACUCAAGAGGCAAUAUGGAGUCCAACUGGUAGAGGAGGGUGCUGACAUCUUUGCAGCAAAAGUAAACAUUGAAGUCCAGUGGGCAUCUGAGCUUGCUAUAGCUGCAAUUGAGAAGAAUGGCGGGGUCAUAACUACUGGAUUCUAUGAUCCUCGGAGUUUAGAUGUACUGUGUAAACCCGUCCCCUUUUUCCUAAGAGGACAACCCAUUCCAAAACGUAUGCUUCCCCCAGAAGACCUCGUUCCCUACUAUACAGAUGUGCGGAAUCGUGGUUACUUAGCAGAUCCAGCAAAAAUUCAAGAGGUUCGGAUAGAACUCGCUAAGAAGUAUGGCUACACUUUACCAGACAUUACCAAAGAUGAACUUUAUAGCAUGCUAUCUAUGCGUAAGGACCCUCGACAAAUUUUCUUUGGUCUUGCUCCUGGUUGGUUGGUUAAUUUGUCGGAUAAGAAGAUUCUAAAACCAACAGACGAGAAACUUUGUGAUUUCUAUCGUUCUUGAAAUGGAUUUGUACACAUUCACAAUGAAGUUCUUGUAACUAGAUACAUCAGUGAUGAGUAUUCACUUGUGUACUAUGAAAUUGUAUAUUAAAAGACAACUUUUUUUCCCCAGUGGGAACAAGUUUA